AUGCGUUUCUUUGAAACUGCUACGGUUGCUUUGACAGCAGCUUCCGCUGCCUAUGGCUCACCUGUGGAAAAGCGCGCAGCCGCAGUCAACGAGCUUGUUGGUUUUGGAGCGGGUACUACAGGAGGGGGAAACGGGGCUGGUACCACUGUCUCUUCUUGCGCUGAGUUGACGGCCGCAGCAAAGGUCGGUGGUGUCAUCAAGAUCAAAGGCAUGCUCGCCGGCUGCGGCGUCGUCCGCUUCGAUGUCCCCGGCACCUCCAUCCUCGGCGUCGGCAAGGAUGCUGGGCUCACCGACAGUGGAUUCCGCUUCUACAAGACUUCCAACAUCAUUGUCCGGAACCUCAAGCUCUUCCGUGCCCCCGAGGGCAAGGACCUCAUUGACAUUGAGUCUACUACCAAUGUCUGGAUUGACCACAACGAUCUCUCCAGCCUGGGCGUGACGGGAGACAAAGACACAUAUGAUGGUCUUUUGGACGCAAAGUCUGGCUCUGACUUUAUAACCAUCUCAUGGAACAAGUUCCACGACCACUGGAAGGGAUCUCUGAUCGGCCACUCCGACAGCAAUGGCUCCAAAGACAAGGGCAAACUGCGCGUUACGUACCACCACAACUCGUUUAUCCGCGUCAACUCGCGUCUGCCCUCGAUCCGCUUCGGCACCGCUCACGUGUACAGCUCGUGCUACAGCGGCGGCAUCUCCGGCAUCAACUCGCGCAUGGGGGCCCAGGCCCUCGUCGAGUCAAACUCCUUCACCGACGUCAGCCGCGCUGUGGUAACAAACCUCGACUCGGACGAGGAGGGCUUCGCGACUGAGACCAACAACAUUUUGAACAACAGCACCACGCAGAUUACCAAGAAGGGCUCCUUCACCCCAAGCCACAAGUACACUGUUGAUCCCGCGGCGAGCGUCUGUGCCAUUGUGGAGAAGAGCGGCGGCGUGGGCGUUGUUACCUUCUAA